AUAAAUGCACCAUUCUGCCAAUCAAACAAGUCAGAUGAACUGAAUUCAUGUAGAUUCGUCAUAAAGAUGGGAUCAGCAGAUCAAAAAAGACUUCUUAGACAUUGUAACUUCAUAUGUUAACAUUGUCUGGGCAGGCUUUGAACAAGAUAUUAUUCACAAAAAACGGAAAUGGACGGGGGAAGUGCAAUGAUAUAUAAUUGAGCGGCAGGUUAGGGGCACUGCACCGCGCAGGUCUUUUCUUAAUCCUUCCGUGGGUCACAAAACAGAAAGAGAUUGACCAUGCUUGCCGUUGGUAUAUUCGCCUUUCUUUGUUUUGCUGGCGCAAAUGGUCAAAUGAUACAUCCAAAUGGCCAAGGAACUCCCACAACUGUUGUCAAGGCCAUGAAUGAGGAGACAGUGAUGCAAUCCGGACCUCCGAUCACCCCUCCGGAGCAAUCCAGACAGAACCAGAACCAGUUCGUCAGGGAUCCAACCAUAUUUAAUCCGAAGCGAUCCAGAUUUAAUUCAGUUCAAAAUAAUCCAACAAAUGCAAUGGUGAACGACAUUGUCCAAAUGAUGAACUCAAUGGCACCAGGGACUAAUCGACAGGAAGAAAAGCCGUCUAUGUCUGAGAGGUCAAAUAUGAUGAUGAACAUGAUUAAAAAUAUGCCUAAUAUGGCAAGUAUAAUAGGGGAUAGAAAGGCUAUGACCGAUCUAAUGAAUGCGAUGUCAUCAGCACCUGAAAUAAUGGCAAAAAUGCAGACCAGUAUGAAAAUGAAUCAAGCCAGAAAAUCUAAUGUGCAAUCUCCGUAUGAAACUGACUACUAUAUGCCCACCAUGAUGAAUAAAAUGACAAACAUGAACACAAUGGCUUCUAAGGGCAUGAUGACAAAUGCACCUUCCAUGGCAACUGCUGCUGAAAUGAUGAUAAAUAUGCCUUCCAUGCCAACUGCUACCAAAAUGAUGUUAAAUAUGCCCAAUAUGCCCCCUGUUGCUGAAAUGAUGACAAACAUGCCCAAUAUGCCAUCUGUUGCUGAACUGAUAAAGCAAAAUGGUCAAAAGUCUAACUUUAUGUCUAGAAUAGCACAAGGACCUUCGAACAAUAAUAUGAUGGAAUUCACUCCACAACGUAGCAGUAAGUACAGAGCUUCUAUUUAUUAUGACUAUUGUAUAUAA